AAUAUCAUUUGGGGAAAAAACUCCUGCUUGUUGACUGGUGGUGGACUCUGUAUCCGUCGCCUGUUCUCGGUACUGUCCAGGCGUAACAAUGUUCGAAAGUUGAAACCCUGUCAUGGUCGGACGGGAAAACCCCAAACCCCGUAGGAGUUACAACGGGGCCUCCUGAAAGCAAAUGGCGGCAAACAGUUUCGGCAGGGGUUUAUCAUUUUGUAGAAGCGGAAGAAGACCUCUACUCUCUCGAUUCAUCUUCUCUGAGCGCUUCUGCACGGACGACAGCGAUGGGCUUCAGAGCUCGAGGGUCAUGGUCUUCGAUCGCCACCUCAAACGCAAACAACGUGACCGAGCUGCAUGGUUAAUGCAUUCGAAGGAUUGUUUUGUUGAUACUGUUGCUGAGAAUCUAUUGGAUCGUUUGGAGGAUUGCAAAAAAACUUUUCCCACUGCAUUAUGUCUUGGAGGUUCUUUGGAAGCGAUUAGGCGUUUGUUACCUGGGCGUGGUGGCAUUGAAAAGCUCAUUAUGAUGGAUACCUCAUAUGACAUGGUGAAGUUGUGUAAAUACACUGAGCAAAAUACAAUGAAUGAAAACGUUGAAACAUCAUAUGUGGUUGGUGAUGAAGAAUUUUUGCCUGUAAAAGAAAGCUCUCUAGAUUUGGUAAUCAGUUGCUUGGGACUCCAUUGGACAAAUGAUCUUCCUGGAGCCAUGAUACAGUGUAAACUGGCAUUGAAGCCUGAUGGCCUAUUUUUAGCAGCUAUUCUUGGUGGAGAAACAUUAAAGGAGCUUAGACUAGCAUGUACCGUCGCACAAAUGGAGCGUGAAGGAGGUAUUAGUCCACGAGUUUCACCUUUGGCACAGGUGCGGGAUGCAGGGAAUCUUUUGAUUCGGGCAGGCUUCACAAUUCCAGGUGUAGAUGUUGAUGAGUACACUGUUAGAUAUAAAAGUGCUAUGGAACUGAUAGAGCAUCUGCGUGCAAUGGGUGAAACAAAUGCUCUUCUUGAAAGGAACAAUAUCUUGAAAAGAGAAACUGCUUUGGCAACUGCAGCUGUUUAUGAUUCAAUGUAUGCGGCAGAAGAUGGCACCAUCCCGGCAACAUUUCAGGUCAUCUACAUGACAGGAUGGAGAGAACACCCUUCUCAGCAAAAGGCCAAAAGGAGAGGAUCUGCCACUGUAUCCUUCCAGGACUUGAAGAAAGAAUUUGGCAGUGGUGGCUAAUAACUCUACCUCUCUCUCUCUCUCUCUCUCUCUCUCUCUCUCUCUCUCUCUCCCUAACACUCACACACGUGUGUGUGUGUGUGGGCCUGCACGUGUUCACACGUCAUGAGAUAUCAAGGCAGACAUGAAUUGUGCGUCUCCAACCACACGAAGGAGAUAGGAGAACAUGGAGAAAAGCCUGCUAGACUUUUUGUGUUCAAUUAAUUGAAAUAUGCUUUGGGUAUUUUAUUUUUAUCAUAGAUAAAACUAAUUUGGUGUCAGUAGUAGAAAAGAUGAUUUUUUAUUUCUGUAUUGUAUUCAAUUGUACCAAAAGAAUACCCUACCAAUGAUGCAAAUAGGAACCAUCCUUAUUCCAGUUGAUGCGGCAGCGUUUCCAUUUGAUUAUGGAUACAAGUACCGAGAGGAACUUGUGGCGGGAAUGAAAUUUGUAGGGUGACAGUUGCAGGGAAUGAAGUUGUGAAAAAAGAAGCUUUAUUUAAUAAUUUAUUUUUGAGCCCCA